AGUCAGUCAUUCAGACUCUUUGUCCUGACAGAAACAAGCCUCCUUAGGUUAGAUGGUCUGCUAGCUAACUGUUUAUUGACCCAGCUACUAAGCAAACAUGAGUUUAGACACACUUUUUCAACAAAUUCUUUUAACUGAGCAACAGUUAGCAGAACAGACACAAAAAAUCAAGGAUGUCAAAAUAGCCAUCAUCAGAUGCAAUGAGAGGAUAAAGAGUGUCACUGAACAGUAUGGGAAGAGCAAAGAGGAACUUGAUGAAAAGGCUCAGCAGUUGUCUGCAAUGAGGCUGCAGUAUGACCUGGCAAAGAAAUAUGAGAACCAGAUGUUAAAGCAAAUUGAAGAGCUGCUCUGUCAGAAGAGCCACCUCAGGGAGCAUCUAAGCAAGAUAAAGAGGGCGGCUAAAGAAGAGGAGGAAAACUUCCUUCAAGAGAUCUCAAAGUUUAACAGUGACUUCAGUCUUAAGGCGAACAGAGAGACAGUCUUCAAGAGCCAAACUCACACUGUGCUCCUGGAUCUGGAGAAGGAGGUGGAAUCGAUAUACAAAGAGAAGGAGUUGAUGAGCUGCACAAACAGUCACAUGAGCUCCAUUGCGGAAGAGAAGAGAGCACUCCUGCUUGAACUACAGAGUCUGAAUGAUAUCGAUGAAGACCUGGAUCGUCAGCUGAGUGAGGCUGAAGCAAUGACAGAAUCUCUGAGAUCGGAGAGCCAGUUUGUCAGUCAGAAACCUCUCUCUGACAGCGCCUGUCUGAGGCUGAGGAAGGAGAUGGAGAUGCACAGAGAAGGACAACUUGAGCAUCUGCGAGAGGAACUAAGCUCAGAAAUUCAAUUCCUGCAGUCAAAGCUGGAGAGCAGCCAAGGGGCUGAGCAGUGUUAGGUUAGGCACACUGAUAAUUUGCAAAGUUUAUCUUGUUUGUCUUAUGUUCAAAAACAAAGAUGCUGAUUUACAGACGGUUAGUUUCUGCUUCCCUGCUUUCUUUAUUCUUUUUUAUCUCCUAAGAGUCUUAACUAAGCCCUGGAUAAUAUUUGUUUUUCUAUGUGUGGAUUGAAUAUUUUCUUUCUGUUGGUCUUUGACACUUUUGUGCCCAUUUCUGGGAUAGUCAGAAGACCCCCCCAAAAAACAGGUUUAUUAAAAUGUAUGAAUCCUUUUUUCCAUGUGUCUAAUCCUUGCUUAUACCACCAACAAGUUAAAUUAAAAAAUAUGAUUCUUAUUAAAGUAACUAUUCACAAACACAUGCAAAAAAGGUAUUCAAAGUUUUGUCCCAACAGUGAUUUUAUAUUGCCCUCUAGUGUAUAGAAUAUGGUAUUGCGACAUUCCAGUCCAAUCAGAGAUGAUGCCUACUGAAACAGCAGGUGAACAGACAUUGCAUAAUUGUUGCAUGCAUUUUAUUUUAUUUUAUUUUUAUUCUUUAUAACAUUCAUCGUAUCCUGUUCCCUGGAUACCUACCUAUGUAACGCUGCCUUUUUCAGCUUGGUAGGCUCUUUACCUCCUUACCACCAGACUGAAACAAAUACAUUUUUUGAUUAAAAAAACCCAAACAUUUUAAUACCUGGCUGCAGUUUGCUCCCAGUUAGCUAUAGGAUUGUUAGAG